AUGGCUUCUCCGUCCGCCUUCCCCGAGAAGAUUAAUUCAACAUCAGGUCCGAAUCAGGCAGCCUUUUCGUCUCCUGCUUCGCCUCCCAUUGUCUCCUAUCCUUCCUCCCGCUCUCUUUCCCCGAUAUCUUCUCUUGUUCGAGCUGCCAGAAAACCGGUUUUUCAGGACCCACUAAAGGGCCCGGAACAUGAGCCCACCGCUUUGGCUCUGAAUUCAUCUUCUACAGCAGUUCAGACCAUCAGAGAUGGUCUUGUUCGUCUCAAAGGCAAAUUGGGUAAGAGCCUUCCACUUAUAUCAAUAAUACUGCUUUUUGGAUUGAUGGAAUCCAAGCUCUAG